AUGACUCUCACCCAGGUCGACGAUGAACAACUGUUCACGAGGGCCAUCUCCGGAUAUCGCGAGGCAUUUUUGGUUCGACAUUCCCACCUCCCGGAGUCCCAACGCAAUCAACUCUGGAAACAGCAACUGAGUCAGUUCAUCCCGGUUGAUGGCCGAGAGGAACUGGCCCUGGCUGGAAAACCAGGGAAUCCGGGGAAACGGACUCGACAGGACGCAACACCGCGGACUCUGCCUGUGUCUACUACCGCGGCCGCGGCCGCAGCUUCGGCUUCUUCUGGUUCUGGUCCUCCGCAGGCAAAACGGCGAGCCACCACCCCGGAUCUUUCAGCCACUAGCGAGUUGCGACGGGCCUACUCGCAAACCUCUUCUGCCGAGGCGCCGCAGAAAGGUGCUUCCCCCCCGGGACAAGGAUCCUAUCGACAUAUCCCGAUGGCUCGCUCCCAGAGUCAUCACAACCCGGUGUCCCACUGGUAUCCGCCGGCGGGAGCCGCCAUGGGCAAGCGACAAUCCUUUGGUCCCGCGCAGACUCAGCGCCGUCUUGACCAUGUUGACGAGUAUUCGCCGUCGGAAUAUGCGAAACACCUUGAUGGACCUGAUGCCUACCUACAUCCGCAACCGCCGCAACCGAAACAACAACAGCAGCAGCAGCAGCAACAACAACAACAACAACAACAACAACAACUUUCGUAUAGCCCUGGCCCUUGUCCUGGUCCUGGUCCUGGUCCUGGUCCUGGUCCUGGUCUCCGCUCCGCCACCACCACCUCCGCGUUAUCAUUGGGGCUUGCAUCAAUUGGAUCGACUGGGCCGGCAUCGGCUCAGCAUUCUGGACAGCCAUCCCCCAUGGCCGACGCUUCCCCCGCGGCCGCGGUCGAAAUGACCCGCAGUGGGACGACCGACACCAUCAUCGGCGGAUUCAACAAUUUUGGCUUUGACUCGGCGGGCUCACGAGCGGAUCUGGACCAGGCCUAUUCCAUUGCCCCGGAGUGGGUGCCCACACCCACCACUGGGCUUUCUUAUACAAAUCCUUCCUUCCCUUCUGUCCCUUCUUCCCUAUACCCUGACCUAGAUACCCCUGCCUCUUUCCCCUUCGCCUAUCAUGCUUCCUUCUCUACGUCGGCUCCCUCCGCCUCGUCACUCCGGCCACCAAUGCCACCCUCAUCGCUUUCCGCGACAGAAGCAAUCGACAUGAAGCCCUCAAUUUCCAGCGAAAGCAACCACUUCAGCACAACCGCACCCUCUCGUGCUGUGCGCCGCACGCAGGAGCAAAUCGCUCACGCAGCUCGCCCCAUCGCGCCGAAGCGUGAAUCCUACGACCACACCCACCUCCAAGCUGAUCCCAAUGAUCCACACAAAAUGGUCCGGAUCUCGUCCGCCGACGGCACCACUAAAGAAGUCGCUGCCAUCCCCAAAGCCAGCGUGCACCGCCCGCCCCGUCCCAAGACCUAUUGCCGUCUUUGCAACGACCAGCCCGAAGGCUUCCACGGGGAGCACGAGCUGCGGCGGCACGUCGACCGGGUGCACGCUCCCGUACGGAAGGUGUGGGUCUGCGUUGACAUCUCCCCCGACAAGACCUUUCUAGCAAACUGCAAGGCCUGCCGCAACGGCAAGCGCUACGGCGCAAACUACAACGCGGCCGCGCACCUGCGACGCACGCAUUUCAACCCAUGCCAGCGCGGCCGCGGUGGCCGCGGCAAGGACAGCGAGAAGCGCGGCGGCAAGGGCGGCGGCAACCAUCCACCCAUGGAGGUGCUGCGGCAUUGGAUGCGCGAGACGGUCGAGCGCGCGGACGAGAACGAUGGUUUCGGGUUCGACGUCCCCGCAGAGCCCGUGCUGAGCAGCAGUUCCAGCAGUUCCAGCAGCAGCACCUCGCUGACGGACUGCAAGGGGCUCAUGGUGGCGGCGGGGUGCGGCGAGCCCGGGCUCAGCAUGUCGUACGGGAUGGACGCCAGCCCGAGUCUAAUGCACGGGUUCGAGGGGUUCUCCGGGGUGGCGGCGUCGUUCGAUAUGGACGCCACACUCGACAACUCGUUCUUUGUCGAUAACCAGCCGAUGCAGUCGGAGCUGGAGUCGUAUGUCAUGUGA